GUAGCCUCUACCAGGUUAUACAACUGUUGUGGAAGGCAAGCCAUAUCGCCACAAAAAUUAACACCUGGACCUGGAUCAGCGAAAACUCUGAGGACUGAGCUCUGUUCAAGACAGGAGCCCAAUGCACUGAGGAACAGAACGCUCCUAAUAUUAGGCUUUUGGCUCCAAUUGCACAAAUGUCUUUCAGAUUUUUAAGCCUUGAUUUUGCAGGAUUUCAGUGGGCACAGACCAUGGCUUUUGCUAUUGAGGAAAUAAACAGAGACCCUGCUCUUCUCCCUAACAUCACACUGGGAUACAGGCUGUAUGACAACUGUGUGAACCUGGCAGUGGCUCUGAGAGCAGCAACAGCUCUGAUCAGCGGAGAGGAGGACUCCGUCACUGACUACAGCUGUACAGGGACUCCCCCUGUCUUAGCCAUUGUUGGGGAUCCUGGUUCUACACAUUCUAUUGCCAUAUCAAGAAUGCUGGGCCUCUUCCAUAUGCCUGUGGUCAGUUAUUAUGCCACAUGUUCUUGCUUAAGCAAUAGAAAGGAGUUCCCCUCUUUCUUCAGGACUAUUCCCAGUGAUACGUUCCAGGUCAAAGCCAUGGUUCAAAUCAUCAGGCAUUAUGAAUGGACUUGGAUUGGUGUAAUUGUGAGCAAUGAUGACUAUGGGCUGAAUGCUUUGAAGACCUUUACAGAGGAGGUAAACAGAUUUGGCUGCAUAGCUUUUUCAGAAACGCUCCCCAGUGUCAACAGAAAGACUAAAAUACUUCAAAUCAUCAACAGCAUCAAGAAGUCAACAGCAAGAGUCAUUGUUGUAUUUUCAUCAGAGGCAAAUUUAAUUCCUCUGGUUGAAGAGGUUGUUCACCAGAACAUCACCGGCAGGCAGUGGAUUGCCAGCGAAGCCUGGUCUACCUCAACUGUAAUAGUCAGGGAGGAAAACUUCAGCUCGUUUGGUGGGACAAUAGGAAUUGCCAUCAGCAGGGGAGAAAUCCCAGGGCUGGAAGAAUUUCUCCUACAGAUUAGUCCAACUACUGUUAUCGGUAACAAUUUGAUCAAACAGUUCUGGGAAAAAAUAUUUCACUGCAAAUUCCAAGAGAACUCAGUUGAGCACAACUCAUCAAGUCCAGUGAAUGGUAUAAUCUGCACUGGAUCAGAAGAUGUUGAAAAAACCAGAACGUCUUACAGUGAUGUGUCAGAACUGCGGGCUUCCUACAACGUGUAUAAAGCAGUGUACGCCUUGGCACACUCCCUGCACAAUCUGAUGUCGUGUGAGCCUGGAAAAGGGCCCUUUCAGAAUAACUCCUGUGCAGACAUCACAACUGCGCAGCCCUGGCAGCUGCUGCACUACCUGGCGAGAGUGAACUUCACUACUCACUAUGGAGACAGGGUGUCCUUCGAUGAGAACGGAGAUGCUCUUGCAAUCUAUGAUGUGAUGAACUGGCAGAGGGCCGAUGACGGGGCUGUGAAAACAGUAACAAUCGGUCUGUUUGAUGAAUCAGCUCCUGCUGGACAACAGCUCACACUGAAUGAAGACAAAAUCUUCUGGAACUUUGACACACCCCCCAGGUCUGUGUGCAGUGAAAGCUGUCAGCCUGGCACCAGGAAGGCAACCAGGAAAGGGGAGCCCCUCUGCUGUUUCGACUGUGUGCCUUGUGCAGAGGGAGAGAUCAGCAACCACACAGAUUCUAUUGGGUGUUUCCAAUGUCCACUAGAUUCAUGGCCAAACCCAAGCAGAGACCAGUGUGUGCUGAAGGAAAUUGAGUUUCUUUCAUAUGAAGAGACUUUAGGAAUCUCUUUGACAACAAUCUCAUUAUUUGGGGGGUGUAUUUCAGCUGCAGUUUUAGCUGUGUUCAUUUACUACAGGAACACCCCAAUCGUAAGAGCCAACAAUUCUGAACUGAGCUUCCUGCUGCUGCUUUCUCUAAUACUCUGCUUCCUCUGCUCAUUGCUGUUUAUUGGUCAGCCACUACACCUCACCUGUAUGCUGAGACAUGUUGUGUUUGGAAUCAGUUUUGUUUUGUGCAUAUCUUGCAUUCUUGUGAAAACCAUUGUUGUCAUCAUGGCCUUCAGAGCCACACUGCCAGACAAUAAUGUCAUGAAGCGGUUUGGUGCUGCUCAGCAGAGAGGCACUGUUUUUGUCUUUACUGUCAUCCAGGCUGUAAUCUGUACUGUAUGGCUGAGUACAGCAUCCCCUGUGCCUUUUAAAAACAUGCAGUAUCAAAACUCAAAAAUCAUUUUUGAGUGUUAUAUUGGAUCGAUUACUGGAUUUAGUUUCCUGCUGGGGUACAUAGGCUUGCUAGCCAGUGUCUGCUUUGUGCUGGCUUUCCUUGCAAGGAACCUGCCUGACAACUUCAAUGAAGCCAAGUUCAUCACUUUCAGCAUGCUCAUCUUCUGUGCAGUUUGGAUCGCUUUCAUACCAGCUUAUGUCAGCUCUCCUGGGAAAUACUCGGACGCUGUGGAGAUUUUUGCCAUCUUGGCUUCAAGCUUUGGUCUCCUAAUUUCGAUAUUUGCUCCAAAAUGUUACAUUAUUCUGAUUCAUCCAGAGAAAAAUACCAAGAAAGUCCUCAUGGGCAAAGCAAUCUCUAAGAAGUAAUUAGGCUACUUUGCAUGUUCUUCAAGACUUUAUGGCUUCGUAAGGAGGCCCUGUUCUUCUGAACUGAGAAAAGGCCUCUAAAUAAUGCAUAGUGCUUUGCUUAUGUCCAGAAUGAUAUAAUAUUCCUGUUCCAUAUAAGUUCAUACA